AGCUUUUUAGCUUUGCCAUUUCGAUAUUGGCUAGCAUUGAAUUGGAAAUAGUAUGAAAGAAACGCAAGGAUCCCGCAUCAACUGUUUUCUGUUCAACGCAGGUAAACUGGCCCGACAGGUUACAUGUGCCUCCUUCCAUAUUUCCUUUUAUUGCGUUCGCAAAGAAACCAUCGACUCCCCUCGCGGCCUCGCCUCUAUAUAAACCGUUCUCCUCUCUUCUCAUUCCUCACACUCGACUCCCCUCUCUUUCUUCAUCACUAAACUGCAAUUAGCCCUCUCACUCUCUGUAAGGCAUUUCUGAGUGGCUCUAGUGAGGUAGAAAGCUAGGAACAAGUGGAAAAUGGACGUUGGUAUGGGACUGUCUCAGACUUCGAGGGACGCUAGCUGGUUCUUCUAUGCUCUGCCUGCCCUCGUAGGCAGUAAAACUCUCGAACUUGCCGAUAGCAGGCCUUCUUUCCUGCUACCACUGUUUGCUGCCUUCCUCUCCACCCUCUUGGCUGCUUGGUGGUUCUCUGCCGGCGGCGUAGCAUGGGCCAAUGGGAGGCAUGCACGUGGUGCUGUCCCGAUACCUGGCCUGAGAGGACUGCCUGUCGUCGGCAGCCUCUACACACUGAGCCGCGGCUUGGCUCACCGUGAGCUUCGUGCUGCCGCCGACCGUCUCGGCGCGAGGCAGCUCAUGGCCUUCAGCCUCGGCUCCACGCCGGCGGUGGUCGCCUCCGACCCGGUAACCGCCCGGGAGAUACUCACGUCCCCGAGCUUCGCGGACCGCCCGCUUAAGCAGUCGGCCCGGCUGCUGCUCUUCGAGCGCGCCAUGGGGUUCGCCCCAAGCGGUGCCUACUGGAAGCUCCUCCGUCGGAUCGCCUCCUCCCACCUCUUCGCUCCGCGGCGGAUAGCUGCCCACGAGGUGGGUCGGCAGCUCGACGCCGCGGCGAUGCUCUCCGCCAUUGCUGCCGAGCAGCAGUCUGGUGGCUUCGUGGCGCUCAGGCGGCACCUGCAGGGAGCGGCGCUCAACAGCAUCAUGGGGAGCGUUUUCGGGCGGCGCUACGACGUCACAUCGGAAAACUCAGACGUAUCCGAGCUGAGGGAGAUGGUGGCAGAAGGAUUCGAGCUGCUUGGGGCGUUCAACUGGUCAGACUACGUGUCAUGGGUCGGCUACCUCUUCGACCCUCACCGCGUCCAGGCACGUUGCGCCGCAUUAGUUCCUCGUGUCCGCCGGUUCGUAGGCGCAAUAAUCCGCGAGCACAAGCAGAAGGCGGCCGGCCACGGGCCUUCUUCUUCCUCCAUUCCUUACAUGGUAGAUGUUGCUGACUUCGUCGACGUCUUGCUUUCACUCGAAGGAGAGGAGAAGCUACAAGAGAAUGACAUGAUCGCCGUCCUAUGGGAAAUGAUCUUCCGCGGCACGGACACCACGGCCCUGCUGACAGAGUGGGUGAUGGCGGAGCUGGUGCUGAACCCUCAAGCCCAGGCCAAGCUCCAAGCCGAGAUCGACGAAGUGGUUGGCAACAGUCGAGCAGUCACCGAUGCCGACGUCGCCCGCCUGCCUUACCUUCAAGCGGUAGUGAAGGAGGGCCUGCGCCUCCACCCGCCCGGCCCGCUUCUCUCCUGGGCCCGCCUUUCUACCGCCGACGUCCACCUCAGCAAUGGCAUGGUGGUGCCGGCCAACACCACGGCGAUCGUGAACAUGUGGGCAAUCACACACGACCCGGCGGUCUGGGCUGACGCCGGGACGUUCAGGCCCGAAAGGUUCGCGGAGGAGUCGGUGGACGUCAGGGGGAGCGACCUGAGGCUGGCGCCCUUCGGCUCGGGGAGGAGGGUGUGCCCGGGCAAGAGCCUUGGGCUCGCCACCGUGAGCCUUUGGGUGGCGAAGUUGGUGCACCACUUCGAGUGGGCGCAGGUCUUCGGCAAGGAGGUCGACCUGACCGAAGUUCUUAAGCUGUCCUGUGAGAUGAAGUACCCUCUCUGUGCUCGAGUUGUUCCUCGCGGUGUGGCUUUCUAGUGCUGUAAAUAUUUUCUAGUUGUUCGUUUCUGUGGUUGUGCUCCCGGCUUGUUUGUGUUAAUAACUUCUGCUUAGAUGCCCUAUAUGUAUAUAUACAUAUAGUUAAUGACAUAUAAAUAUUAAUAUGGCAUCUGAUAGAGAGUCUUAUCACAUGUCUGUAAGAUGUUGUUGAUGCUUGAAUGGUACUGGCUACUUCUUAUA